GCAACUGACAACGAUGUGGGCACGUAUGGGAAAGUCAGCUAUUUUUUCAGCGAUGACCCCGACCGUUUCUCGCUGGACAAGGACACGGGCAUAAUCCUUCUGACAGGCCGGCUGGACUUUGAGACCACGCAGCGCUACACCCUGACCGUCAUCGCCCGGGACGGCGGCGGGGAGGAGACGACAGGCCGCGUCAGGAUCAAUGUCCUCGACGUCAACGACAACGUCCCCACCUUCCAGAAGGAGGCAUACCUGGGGGCCCUGCGGGAGAAUGAGCCCUCUGUCACCCAGGUCGUCCGGCUCCGGGCCUCUGAUGAGGACUCCCCUCCGAACAACCAGAUCACAUACAGCAUCGUGCAGGCAUCCGCCUUCCGCGACUACUUUGACAUCACGGUGUCGGAAGGGUACGGAGUGAUCAGCGUGAACCACCCCCUCGACUAUGAGCAGGUGGCCAAUGGGGUUAUCUACCUGACUGUGAUGGCCAAGGAUGCCGGCAACCCGCCGCUCAACAGCACCGUCCCCAUCACCAUCGAGGUGUUUGAUGAAAAUGACAACCCCCCCACGUUCAGCAAGCCCUCCUAUGUUAUAACCGUCAUGGAGGACAUUAUGGCAGGAGCCACGGUGCUGUUUCUCAAUGCCACGGACAUGGACCGGUCCAGGGAGUAUGGGCAGGAAUCGAUUAUCUACUCCCUGGAGGGCUCCUCGCAUUUUCGUAUCAAUGCUCGCUCAGGAGAAAUCACGACGACGUCUUUGCUGGACCGGGAGGCCAAAUCCGAAUACAUCCUCAUUGUCCGGGCGGUGGAUGGAGGCGUGGGCCACCAUCAGAAGACGGGCAUUGCUAUGGUGAACAUCACGCUGCUGGACAUCAACGACAACUAUCCCAUGUGGAAGGACGAGCCGUACUUCAUCAACCUGGUGGAAAUGACCCCCCCCAACUCGGACGUCACCACGGUGGUGGCCAUCGACCCGGACCUGGGGGAGAACGGCACGGUGGUGUACAGCAUCCGACCCCCCAACAAGUUCUACAGCCUCAACAGCACCACGGGCAAGAUCCGCACCACCGGCGUCUUGCUGGACCGUGAGAACCCCAACGCCCAGGAGGCCCAGCUCAUGCGGAGGAUCGUGGUGUCGGUCACCGACUGUGGGAGGCCACCCCUGCGAGCUACCAGCAGCGCCACGGUUUUUGUCAACUUGCUGGACCUGAACGACAAUGACCCCACUUUCCAAAACCUGCCCUUUGCUGCCGAGAUCGCUGAGGGCCUUCCCGCAGGCUCCUCCGUCUUUCAGGUAGUGGCCAUCGACUUGGACGAGGGUCCAAACGGGCAGGUGACGUACCGCAUGCAGGUGGGGAUGCCCCGCAUGGAUUUCCUCAUCAACACCACCAGCGGGCUCGUCACCUCCACCUCCAUGCUGGACAGGGAGAGGAUCGCCGAGUACUACCUGCGGGUGGUGGCCAGCGACGCCGGCGUGCCCUCCAAGAGCUCCACCAGCACCCUCACUGUCAAAGUUCUGGAUGUGAACGACGAAAACCCCACCUUCUUCCCAGCCGUCUACAAUGUCUCGCUGCCCGAAAACGUUGCCCGGGAUUUCAAAGUGGUCCGGCUCAACUGCACGGAUGCUGACGUUGGGCUGAACGCUGAGCUCAGCUACUUCAUCACAGGUGGGAACCAGGAUGGCAAAUUCAGCGUCGGCUUCAGGGACGGGGUUGUCAGGACAGUCGUGGGUCUGGACAGGGAGACUGUGGCAUCGUACACGCUGAUCCUGGAGGCCAUCGACAACGGCCCCACGGGGAACCGGCGCACUGGGACUGCCACUGUCUAUGUGACCAUCCUGGAUGUCAACGACAACCGCCCCAUCUUCCUUCAGAGCAGCUACGAAGUCAGCGUCCCUGAGGAUAUCCCGGCUGCCAGCAGCAUAGUGCAGGUGAAAGCCACGGACGCAGACGAAGGUGUUAACGGGAGAGUGUGGUACAGGAUUGUCAAGGGAAACGAGCACAACAACUUCCGCAUCAAUCCCAGCACCGGGCUGGUGAUGCGAGGCGUGAGGCACCUGGACAGGGAGCAAAACUCCUCUCACGUCCUGGAGGUGGAGGCCUACAACACGGAGCAGGGACCCAUGAGGAGCUCCGUGCGGGUGAUCAUCUACGUGGAGGAUGUUAACGACGAGGUGCCGGUGUUCACCCAGCGGCAGUACAACCGCCUGGGGCUGCGGGAGACGGCGGGGAUAGGGACUUCGGUGGCGGUGGUCCGGGCCACCGACCGAGACACAGGGAACGGUGGUCUGGUGAACUACAAAAUCCUGUCGGGUGCAGAAGGAAAGUUUGAGAUUGACGAGAGCACAGGCCUCAUCACGACAAUCGAGUACCUUGACUACGAGACCAAAACCAGCUACCUGAUGAAUGUCUCUGCCACGGACCAAGCACCCCCCAACAACCAGGGCUUCUGCAGCGUGUACGUCAGCCUGCUGAAUGAGCUGGACGAGGCCGUGCAGUUCUCCAACAGCAGCUACGAGGCCGUGAUCGUGGAGAACAUCCCCCUGGGCUCCGAGGUGCUCCGGGUCCAGGCCCGCUCCAUCGACAACCUCAACCAGAUCACCUACAAGUUCGACCCCAACACCAACGCCCAGGCGCUCUCCCUCUUCAAAAUCAAUGGGAUCACUGGUGUGAUCACGGUCAAAGGCCAGGUGGAUCGAGAGAAGGGAGAUUUCUACACCUUGACGGUGGUGGCCGAUGAUGGAGGACCAAAGAUUGACUCCACGGUGAAGGUGACCAUCACGGUCCUGGAUGAGAACGACAACAGCCCCCAGUUCGACAUCACCUCCGACUCCUCCGUGAGCGUGGCGGAGGACAGCGCGGUGGGCAAGCGGGUGGCCGUGGUCCUGGCCCGCGACCCCGACGCGGGCAGCAACGGACAGGUGACCUUCUCGCUGACGUCGGGCAACAUUGGCCGGGCUUUCGAGAUCCGUACCACCAACAACACCUAUGGCGAGGUUUUUGUGUCACGGCCGCUGGACCGAGAGCUGCUAGACCACUACACCUUACGGAUCCAAGCCUCGGAUGGUGGCAUGCCUCCCCGGAGGAAGGAGCACACUCUGCGAGUGAACAUCCUUGAUGUCAAUGACAACCCCCCCAUCAUCGACAGCCCCUUUGGAUACAACGUGAGCGUGAGUGAGAACGUCGGUGGUGGCACGGCGGUGGCCCAGGUACGCGCCACCGACCGGGACGUUGGCCUCAACAGCGUCCUCUCCUACUACAUCACCCGCGGGAACGAGGACCUGACCUUCCGCAUGGACCGUGUCACGGGCGAGAUCGCCACCCGGCCCUCCCCGCCGGACCGCGAGCGACAGAGCUUCUACAGCCUGGUGGUCACCGUCGAGGACGAGGGCAACCCCUCGCUGUCGGCCACCACCACGGUGUACGUCACCGUCCUGGACGAGAACGACAAUGCCCCUGCUUUCCAGCAGCAGCUGUACGAGGUGACCCUCGAUGAAGGUCCUGCCACGCUCAAUGCCACCCUCGUCACCGUGCAGGCCCUGGACCGGGAUGAGGGCCCCAACGGCACGGUGGCAUAUGCCAUCACCGAAGGCAACAUCUUGGGUACCUUCCACAUCAACAGCACCACGGGACAGAUCCGCACAGUGAAGGAGCUGGACUACGAGAUCAGCCACGGGCGCUACACCUUGAUCGUCACCGCCACUGACCAGUGCCCCGUCAUCUCGCGCCGGCUGACGUCGACCGCCACGGUUCUGGUGAACCUCAACGACAUCAACGACAACCGGCCCACCUUCCCUCGGCCCUAUGAGGGUCCCUUUGAUGUCACGGAAGGGCAGCCCGGCCCGCGCGUCUGGACCUUCCUGGCCCAUGAUGGCGACUCGGGACCCAGCGGGCAAGUGGAGUACAGCAUCAUCGCCGGGGACCCCCUCGGGGAGUUUGUGAUCUCCCCAGUGGAAGGGGAGCUGCGGGUGCGGAAGGAUGCUGAGCUGGACCGCGAGAACAUCGCCUUCUACAACCUCACCAUCGCUGCCCGGGACCGGGGAGUGCCCCCCCUCAGCUCCACAAUCCUGGUGGGCGUCCGUGUGCUGGACAUCAAUGAUAACGACCCCGUGCUCCUCAACCUCCCAAUGAAUAUCACCCUCAGCGAGAACGCCCCCGUCUCCAGCUUCGUCACCCGUGUCCUCGCCCGGGAUGCUGACAAGGGGCCGAACGCCCUCCUGACCUUCGACAUAACAGCAGGCAACACAGAGAAUGCCUUCUACAUCAACAGCACCAGUGGCAUCGUCUACGUCAACCGCCCGCUGGACAGGGAGCGGGUGGCAGAAUACAGGCUGACCGUCACGGUGAAGGACAACCCCGAGAACAUACGCAAUGCCAGGCGGGAUUUUGACUUGCUGGUCAUUUCCAUAGCAGAUGAGAACGACAACCGCCCCCUCUUCACCCAGAGCUCCUACCAGGCCGAGGUGAUGGAGAACUCACCCCCGGGGACACCGGUCACAGUGCUCAAUGGACCCAUCCUAGCCCUGGACAGCGACCAGGGCAGCAACGCCGUGGUGACCUACCAGUUCCUGGAGGCACCCCCAAACCUCUUUGUUAUUGACAACAGGACAGGUGUCGUUUCAGUGAAGCCUGGCAGCUUGAUAGACCGAGAGGCUUUGGCGGACCCUCGCCUGGAGUUCACGCUGGUGGCUCGUGAUGCAGGGGGGCUGAACAGCACUGCCAGCCUGGUGGUGACCGUCCUGGAUGACAACGACAACCGCCCUGUCUUCCAGCCAGCGUCCAUCACGGCGCGGCUGCGGGAAAACAGCCCCCCAGGCUUCUCCGUCCUCCAGGUGACAGCCACAGAUGCUGACAGCGGCCUCAACCAGCAGCUGGAUUACCGGAUUGAGGGCGGUGGUCAGGACAGGUUCCUGAUCGACGCCACCACGGGGGUGAUCCGCGUGGCCAACAUCAGCAUCGACCGGGAGGAGCGGGACGCUUACCGGCUGAUGGGGGGGGCCGUGGUGGUGGCGGAGGUGACCGCCGUCGACCGCGACCUCCACCCCCGCCUGGAGUACUACCUGCUGGAGAUCGUGGCCCGCGAUGACACAGAUGCGCUGGUGCCCGACCAGCAAGGAGCAUUUGCGGUGGAUUUUAGGACAGGAGCUGUGAAGAUAAAAUCCCCUCUCAAUCGGGAACUGGUGGCCACCUACGAGGUCACCAUCUCCGUCCAUGACAACGCCAGCGAAGUCAUCGACCGCUCGGUCAGCGUGCCCAACGCCAAGCUGACAGUCAACGUCUUGGAUGUCAAUGACAACACGCCGCGCUUCCGCCCCUUUGGGGUCACCUAUUUCACGGAGAGGAUCCUGGAGGGAGCCACGCAGGGCACCACACUCAUUUCCAUCUCAGCAGUGGACCCAGACAAAGAACUGCUGAGCCUCUCUCCGGAAGGCUAUGCCUGCCUGGAAGACCAGUCAGCAGGGAAGGUCGUGGCCAACAGGACGGUGGACUACGAGGAGGUGCAGUGGCUGAACUUCACCAUCCGAGCUUCCGACAACGGUUCUCCCCGCAGAUCUGCCGAGAUUCCCGUGUACCUCCAGAUAGUGGACAUCAAUGACAACAAUCCCGUUUUCAGCCAGCCGUCCUACCAGAAAGCUGUCUUUGAGGACGUGCCGUUGGGGACGGUCAUCCUGAGGGUCAAGGCCACCGAUGCAGAUUCUGGGCGUUUUGCUCUCAUCCAGUACAGCCUGGGGGAUGGAGAGGGCAAGUUUGGGAUAAAUCCCAACACGGGUGACAUCUAUAUCCUGUCAGCCCUGGACCGGGAGAAGAAGGAUCACUACACCCUGACAGCUGUGGCCAGGGACAACCCUGGGGAUGUCUCCAGUAACCGUCGGGAGAACUCCGUGCAGGUGCUGAUCACAGUCCUGGACAUCAACGACUUCAGGCCCCAGUUCGGCAAGAGCCAGUUCCGCACCAGCGUCUACGAGAACGAGCCGGCAGGGACGUCGGUGAUCACCGUGACUGCCACAGACUUGGACGAAGGGGACAACGGCGUGGUGACCUACGGCCUUGAGGGCCCCGGAGCGGAGGCUUUCAAGAUCAAUAAGGACUCCGGGCUCGUCACAUCCCGGCGGCGUUUGCAGUCCUAUGAGAGGUUCAACCUGACCGUGGUGGCCACGGACAAGGGGCGUCCCCCUCUCUGGGGGACCACCAUGCUCCAUGUGGAGGUCAUCGAUAUCAAUGACAACCGCCCCGUCUUCGUCCGCCCACCUAACGGCACCAUCCUGCACAUCAAGGAGGAGAUCCCCCUGCGGUCCAACGUCUAUGAGGUCUACGCCACGGAUAAAGACGAGGGCCUCAAUGGAGCGGUGCUCUACAACCUGCUGAAAACCGGGGCGGGCAACAAAGACUGGGAGUAUUUCAGCAUCGACUCGGUCAGCGGGCUAAUCCAGACGGCCAUGCGGCUGGACCGGGAGAAGCAGGCGGUGUACAACCUGAUCGUUGUGGCCUGCGACCAGGGCCAGCCAGCCUACGAGACCAUGCAGCCUCUCCAGGUCGCGCUCGAUGACAUCGAUGACAACGAGCCCGUCUUCCUCAGGCCGCCCAGGGACAGUCCCCAGUACCAGGCACUCUCUGUCCCCGAGCAUUCACGGCCAGGCACUGUGGUGGGGAACGUCACCGGAGCAGUGGACGCGGAUGAGGGCUCCAACGCCAUUGUCUACUACUUCAUAGCAGCUGGGAACCGGGAGAGCAACUUCCAGCUGAGCCGGGAGGGCAAGCUCCAGGUCUUGCGAGACCUGGACCGGGAGAAGGAGCCAUACUACUCCCUCAUCGUCAAAGCGUCCAGCCAGAGGAAUUGGUCCCCUCCCCGGGGCCAGCGAGCAGGCAGAGCCCAGCCCUGGGACCUCAGUGGGGACUUGACACUUCAGGAGGUGCGGAUCUUCCUGGAUGAUAUCAACGACCAGUCCCCCCAGUUCACCAAGUCGGAGUACACGGCAGGUGUUGCCACCGACGCCAAGGUGGGUUCGGAGCUGAUCAGAGUGGUCGCGGUGGAUGCCGACGUGGGCAAUAACAGCCUGGUCCUGUACAACAUCUUGGGCAUCCGCUACAUCAGGCAGCACUCCAAUGACUCCGAGGAGGUGGCCAACAUCUUCAGCAUCGGAACCCUUGAUGGGAUCCUGCGAACCUUCGACCUCUUCACGGCCUACAACCCUGGCUACUUCGUGGUGGACGUCAUGGCCUCUGACCUGGUGGGCCACAACGACACAGCCGUCGUGGGGAUUUACAUUCUGCGGGAUGACCAGCGGGUCAAAAUCAUCAUCAACGAGAUCCCCGACAAAGUUAGGCAGUUCGAGGAGGAGUUCAUCAGCCUGCUCUCCAACAUCACGGGUGCCAUUGUCAACACGGAUGAUGUGCAGUUUCACGUUGACAAGAAAGGUCGGGUGAACUUCGCGCAGACAGAGCUGCUGAUCCAUGUGGUGAACAAGGAGACCAACCGCAUCCUGGACGUGGAGCGGGUGAUUCAGAUGAUAGACGAGAACAAGGAGCAGCUGAGGAACCUCUUCAGGAACUACAACGUGUUGGACGUGCAGCCCGCCAUCACCGCCCGGGCCCCGGAUGACCUCUCGGCUCUGCAGAUGGCGAUCAUUGUGCUGGCCGUCCUGCUGUUCCUGGCUGCCAUGCUCUUCAUCCUCAUGAACUGGUACUACCGGACAGUGCACAAGAGGAAAUUGAAAGCCAUAGUGGCCGGCUCCACCGGGAAUAGAGGCUUCAUGGACAUCAUGGACAUGCCGAACACCAACAAGUACUCCUUCGACGGGGCCAACCCGGUGUGGCUGGACCCCUUCUGCAGGAACAUGGAGCUGGCAGCGCAGGCAGAGCACGAGGAUGACCUGCCGGAGAACCUGAGCGAGAUCACCGACCUCUGGAACAGCCCUGCCCGCACCCACGUGAGCCACGGGCCCCAGCCCGCUGCGGCCAAGCCCGAGGAUGACCGCUACCUGCGGGCAGCCAUCCAGGAGUACGACAACAUUGCCAAGCUGGGGCAGAUCAUGCGGGAGGGACCCAUCAAGGGCUCUCUCUUGAAGGUGGUCCUGGACGAUUACAUGCGCUUGAAAAAGCUCUUUGCCCAGCGGAUGGUGCAUAAGGCCACCGCCAGUCAGGGGGACCGCUCCUCGGUCUCGGAGCUGAUCCAGAAGGAGCUGGAGGAGGAGGAGGAAGAGGAGNNCCCCUCCCGACAAACCCAGCCGGUGGAGCUGAAAGGUCCCGACGGCAUCCACGUGGUGCACGGCAGCACGGGCACGCUGCUCACUUCCGACCUCAACAGCCUGCCCGAGGACGACCAGAAGGUCCUGGGUCGCUCGCUGGAGACUCUGACCGCCGACUGCGGGGGCUACAGCGACCACAACGCCCGCACCGAGUCGGCCAAGUCCACCCCUUUGCACAAGAUGCGGGAGGUGAUCAUGGAGAGCCCGCUGGAGAUCACCGAGUUAUGA